CUCCCACGCGCCGCCGGCCCCUGCCUCCCUGCUUCCCCGCGCCGCCGGCUCCGCCCCCUGCUUCCACCCACCGCCAGCGCCGCCCCUCUGCUUCCGCCGCGCCACCGGCCCGCCUCCCCGCUGCUUCCACCGGAGCGCCGCCCCCUGCUUCCACCGCACCGCCGGCCCACCUCCCCACUGCUUCCAACGCGCCGCCGCCCCGCACACAACCUCCUGGUUGCCGGUCGCGUCGCCGACGCUUGCCCAACCUCCUAGCCGUACUCCCCUUGGCGCUGCUCGCGCCACCGCCCUCCUCCCUUGGCCGCCGAUGGCGCCGCGCUCCCCUGUCCUCCAGCUCGCGCCGCCGGUCCCCUGCAGUCCCCCCUGCCCCCCAGCUCGCGUCGCCGGUCCCACCACCUCCCUCCCUCCCCGUGCGCCGGCCACCUUCCUCCCUUUGCCACGGCCGCCUUCCUCCCCCGCCGCCAUGCCCCCAGCCACCUCCUUCCCUCUCCACCACGCGCGGGCGAUGAGCUCGUCCUCCAACUCCGCCAUCCUCCUAUCCCCGCUGCAGUACGAACUGCAUCAGCAUUCUAGUUGAAGCUGGACAAAAGGUCCGUCCUGAAUUAGCUAAUAUGGCCGUGGAGCACCAGCCCCUUCUUUGGGUUAUCGUGAUGGAUACAGAGGGCAUAGUGGUGGUCGGUUGUGGAGCUGACUUUAAAAUAUUCAGUUGUUGCAUAGAGCGAUAUUUGACCUUUCUUUGUACAGAUGAUUAUGUGUUUCCGUCUCACUGAAUCUUUUGGCUAGUGUCCGGUAAAGGUGGAUUUAUAUACUUCUUGAUCUCUGUUGUUGACUGAAGCUUUUUAGCCCAUUUUGUCUAGCAGCUAGAAAUGUGUCAUAGUCUUGCAAUUUCAAUAGAAAAUAGUCCAGUUGUCUGUUUUGCUGAGUGGCAGCGAAACUCAUAUUUGGUCCCAUCAGCUUCUCAGCAGCUCUUGCUGUACUGGUCCAAGAUCUUAUGGUAAAUAAGACCUGCCAGAAGAAUUGAUUUUGUUCUGACAUUUGGAGUUUGAGUUGUGGCUGCCCAGAGCAGGGGAAUCAACCUGGAGGAUGCUGCUGUUAAGAUGAAUGUUUGAUUGGCGAAUGCUUACAUUCCCUAUUUAUUUGGCGGGCACAAAUCACAUGCGAAUAGGGUUUUUUGCAAGUUCAAUGGAGAGGUUUGAAGUCGAGCAGAGCUGUGAAUCUGGUGGAGCCCGGAACCAAGUUCUAGCUAUACCUCUCCUUUUUUUCGGGCUGUAGUUAUGUGUUUGUCAAGCAACUUGAUUCACUACGGUUUCUGUUUAUAAUUUGCUAACAGCUGAUUCUUUGCUGUGCAUCCAUCUUCCGACAUGUGUCGACUUUGCUUCAUUCUAGAUUGUAUAACACGUUACUUCUUUUUGGUGUGUGCACUGCAGGAGUGUUUUUGUUCCUAGAUCAUUUGCUCAACGACAGAAUUGUGUAUCGCACAGUACAUGUAUUACUACUAUGAAGGUUCAGAAAUAAGAACUCAAAGAAGUAUUGACAGCAUAGCUACUGUAUAUUCAAGGAGUCGGGUUUUGCUCCUGCGUCAUCUCGUCUCCUCCGUUCAGCAAAAGCCUCUAGAAUCAUUGAGAUCUGGAGAGAUCGUAAGUUCAGUCGGCCUUGGCAUCACGAGCGGGUUCAGUUCGAUCUCGCACAGUGGGCAGGUCCCUGAUGGUGUGUGCGUCAGGUCUACUCGCACGAGUGGACGUCAGAUCGCGCAAGUGGGCAGGUCCCCAAUGCUCGAUCCAGGAGGUGCUAGCUCAUGCUGGCUGGAACUAGGAUGCAAAAGGGUUGACGGAUCCAUGCCGCACAAGCACUGCACCAUGCUCAGUCCAACCCCGUGGCUUCAGGGUGGCCGAGUUCGUCGCGACCAUCAGUUCGGAGACCUGCGUCACUGCUCAUGUCACUACCAUGGCCACCUGCAUCACUGCGUGAUCCGUCAACAGCCUCUUGCACAAGGAAAAGCAACAGGAGUAGAGGCGUCUGAGAUGCUCUGUCCUGGCGACUGUGAGAAAGGCAAGUGCUUAUGCGGCUUUUGCUGAAGAAGAAAGGCCUAGCUUAACUGGCGUAGCAGUACUCAAAUCAGGUGUUGAUGUUGUGGAGGCUUUGGAUCUUUCCCUAGUUGCUUGACUCCAAUAAUUAUGCCUUUUGACAUUGUGCCAUUUGGUCGUCCUUUGGCCUUGUAUCAAACUUCUAGUCAUCUUGUUACAUCAGUUAAAAAGCAUGGAGGUGGUAAUGCUGUA